AUGAUACUAAGCUUUUUCGACCAAUUCAUAAGCCCCACAUAUAUAGGAAUUUCUUUAAUCACCUUAGCCUUAACCCUACCAUGAAUUCUUUACCCUACCCCAACAUCCCGAUGACUAAAUAACCGAAUCCUAACCCUACAAAGCUGGUUCGUUGGCCGAUUUACACAACAACUCCUUCUACCACUAAAUGUUGGAGGACAUAAAUGAGCAGUUAUACUAACAUCACUAAUACUAUUCCUACUAACAAUAAACCUGCUAGGCCUGCUCCCAUACACAUUUACACCAACAACCCAAUUAUCCCUAAAUAUGGGACUUGCAGUCCCACUAUGACUAGCCACCGUAAUUAUUGGUAUACGAAAUCAACCAACUGUAGCAUUAGGACACCUACUGCCAGAAGGAACACCAGUCCCUCUAAUCCCUGUGCUUAUCAUCAUCGAAACAAUUAGCUUAUUUAUUCGUCCACUAGCCCUGGGCGUACGACUUACAGCAAACCUGACAGCAGGCCACCUCUUAAUUCAACUAAUCGCCACUGCAGUCUUUGUUCUUAUACCAAUAAUGCCUACAGUAGCUAUUUUAACAGCAAUCGUGCUAUUUCUUUUAACACUAUUAGAAGUAGCAGUUGCUAUAAUUCAAGCUUACGUAUUUGUACUCCUACUAAGCUUAUAUCUUCAAGAAAACGUAUA